GCAUGGGACCAAUCGUAAUCUCCGUGACAACCUGACAGGGCAGGGAAGAGGGGACGGCGGGGGUUUCAGGCCAUAGAAGCCAUUCUGGCGGCCAAAGCGGAGGUAAAGAUUUGGGAAUGCUGACAGAAUGCCACUGUGUCAUUGUGCAGUGCAACAUAGUGAAUCAGACAUGGAGGGAUGCCGUUUUUCACUUGCUGGAGGGCUGAGGGUGUAUCUCCACUGGAAGGGUGAGGAGGAGGAACCCUAUCAGACCUAUAUGCAAGGGUCUCUUUGUGCUGAAGACAUCUGCAUUGAUAUUGCACAGAAGAUUGGUAUCACACCAAUCUGCUACAGUUUAUUUGCCCUCUGUGAUCCCCAGGCCAAAAUAUGGUUUCCUCCCAAUCAUGUGUUUGAAGUUGACAGUGGCAUCAAGUUGCUCCUGCAUUUUCGAAUGAGGUAUUAUUUCCGAAACUGGCAUGGGACAAAUGACAAGGAGCCAGCUGUAUAUCGCAAUGCUCCUCGCUCAAAUGACUCAGAGGAUAAGUCUCAAAGGGGUGAACAAGGCAAUGCCAUACUGGAUAAAUCAUCGUUUGAGUAUCUCUUUGAGCAAGGUAAAUAUGACUUCAUCAAUGAUGUUGCCUCCCUAAAAGAUCUUCGUACAGAGCAGGAGAUUCACCAGUUUAAAAAUGAGAGCCUUGGGAUGGCUGUCCUCCAUCUCUGCCACAUUGCCCUCAAGAGUGGUGUCUCCCUUGAAGAAGUGGCUCAGAGAACAAGCUUCAAGGAGUGCAUCCCACGUUCCUUUUGCCGUCAGAUUCAGCAGAACAACUAUCUGACAAAGUUUCGCAUAAGGAAUGUUUUCAGGAGGUUCUUGCAGCGCUUCCAGCGGCACACAGUGAGCACCGGCAAGCUGACGGAGCAGGAUAUAAUGCACAAGUAUCUGGCCACUUUGGAGAACUUGGCCCCUCGUUUUGGGAGUGAGGUUUUUGCCAUCCUCUCCUUGGAGACAGUUUCAGAGGGUGAGAAGGUGCCACUUUAUAUCAAUGGUGGCCAUAUGCACCUGGAGAACUCUCACGCCUCACUUCCCAGUGACAAGCCUGCCACCCAUGAGGUUUUGGUCACAGGCACUGAUGGCAUUCAGUGGAGACCUAUUUCUCCUGAGAGAUUGCAAAACUAUCCUCACAGAGGUUAUUUGAGCAGGAAGGUGAAGAUGAAAGACUAUAAAUCCAAGGGUUCCUACCAGUCAGGGGAACACUAUGAACCCAAAUGGUCACAUUUUUGUGACUUCCAAGAGAUCACACACAUUGUUGUGAAAGACUGCAAAGUCAGCAUUCAUCGUCAAGACAAUAAGUGCCUGGAGCUGACUCUUUUUUCCCAUGAUGUUGCCCUCUCCUUAGUUUCACUGGUAGAUGGUUACUUCAGAUUGACAGCAGACUCUAGCCACUAUCUGUGUCAUGAAGUAGCCCCACCACGGCUGGUUAUGAGCAUACAGAAUGGCAUCCAUGGGCCCAUGCAUGAGGAAUUCAUUUUGGCUAAGCUAAAACGGGAGAAGCAGGAAGAUGGUCUAUACAUUCUACGUUGGAGUGUUCUCGAUUAUAGUAGAUUGAUAUUGUCAGUUAUGAGGAGAGACCAGAGUUCCCAGACCCAAGAUGCCACAAGUUACAGACAGUUCCGUAUCCAGAAGAAAGGAAAUUCCUUUGUACUUGAAGGCUGGGAGCAGGAAUUCUCUAGUGUCCAAGAAUUGAUAAAUGCUCUCAAAGGCUGUACUCUAAGAUCUGGAAAUGAGAUCUUUACUAUGCGGAGGUGCUGUGUCCCAAAGCCAGGAGAGGUCUCUGACCUGCUAAUCACACGAAAAGUAAAGGACAGCACCCGACAGAUUCUGAAUUUGACUCAGCUGAGUUUCCACCAAAUCCGGAAGAAUGAGAUCACCCAGAGAGCACACUUGGGUCAAGGGACGUGUACCAACAUUUAUGACGGUGUGUUACAUGUAUGUAGUGGAGCCAGUGGUGAUGAUGAAACAGAGUACUUCUCCGCUGAACAGAACAAUAACAACCGUGAGGUGCACGUGGUGCUGAAGAUGCUGGACCCCAGUCACAGGGACAUUGCUUUGGCAUUCUUUGAAACAGCCAGCUUGAUGAGCCAGGUCUCCCACAUCCACUUGGCCUUUGUUCAUGGAGUCUGUGUAUGGGGCUCAGAGAAUAUAAUGGUGGAGGAGUAUGUCGAGCACGGCCCCCUGGAUGUCUUCCUAAGGAAAAACAAAGGGCGGAUAAUGGUGGGCUGGAAAUUCACAGUCGCUGCACAGUUAGCCAGUGCCCUGAGUUACUUGGAAGGCAAAAAUCUUGUACAUGGCAAUGUAUGUGCCAAGAACAUCUUGUUGGCGAGGAGAGGCUUGGAAGAUGGCUUGCUGCCCUUCAUUAAACUCAGCGACCCUGGGGUCAGCUUCACUGUGCUCUCCCGGGAAGAGCGAGUGGAUCGGAUCCCCUGGAUUGCUCCAGAGUGUGUCAGAGAUGUGAGCAACCUGAGUACAGCAGCUGACAAGUGGAGCUUUGGUACCACAUUGCUAGAAAUAUGCUUCGAUGCAGAUGUACCACUAAAAGAACGCACUCCUUCUGAGAAAGAGCGCUUCUAUGAGAAAAAACAUCGCCUUCCAGAACCAUCCUUUAAAGAACUAGCUAAUUUAAUCAGCCAGUGCCUGAACUAUGCCCCCGCGGAGCGUCCUUCCUUCCGGACCAUCCUGAGAGAUCUUACCCAGCUGCAACCACAUAGUAAGGAUCAGAACCCUCUAGAUAUCAGCUCUGUGAACCCUGAAUUUCCUGUAUCAGACCCAACUGUCUUUCAGAAGCGCUACCUGAAGAAGAUCAGAGAUCUGGGUGAGGGUCACUUUGGCAAAGUGAGCUUGUACUGCUAUGAUCCCACCAAUGAUGGCACGGGUGAGAUGGUAGCAGUGAAGUCAUUGAAAUCAGGCUGCAGCCAACAGCUGCUGACUAGCUGGAAAAAGGAAAUUGAAAUCCUGAAAACCCUCUACCAUGAGAACAUUGUCAAGUACAAGGGCUGCUGUAGUGAACAAGGGGAAAAAGUUGUGCAACUUAUCAUGGAAUAUGUGCCUUUGGGGAGCCUGAGAGACUACCUACCCAAACACAAUGUCAGCCUGGCCCACAUUCUUCUCUUUGCACAGCAGAUCUGUGAGGGAAUGGCUUACCUCCACUCCUUGCGCUACAUCCAUAGGGAUCUUGCAGCCAGAAAUGUUCUUUUGGAGAAUGAGAAUGUAGUGAAGAUAGGAGAUUUUGGACUGGCCAAAGCCAUCCCUGAAGGACAUGAAUAUUAUCGUGUCUGUGAAGAUGGAGAUAGUCCUGUCUUUUGGUAUGCUGUGGAAUGCCUGAAAGACUGUAAAUUCUACUACACCUCUGAUGUCUGGUCCUUUGGUGUAACAUUGUAUGAACUCUUGACACGCUGUGAUUCUAGUCAGAGCCCUCCUGCGAAAUUCAUUGAGAUGAUUGGAGCAAUCCAUGGUCAAAUGACAGUGCUGAGGCUUAUAGAGUUGCUGGACCGAGGAAAAAGGUUGCCCAACCCAAAAGACUGUCCUUUUGAGAUUUACCGCCUGAUGAAGAACUGUUGGGAGCUGGAGUCUUCAUUCCGCCCAUCCUUUGCAAACCUUGUACCCAUCCUGAAAGCCUUUCAUGAAAAGUACAAGGCCCAGGCCCCCUCUGUUUUCAAUGAGUGUUGAGCAAGAGGAAGAGAUUCUCAGCCAAAGACCCCACUCUGAUCUGCACUCAAUGUGCUUAGAAAGCCACAUUGUCACCAGGGAAGCUGCUUUUCAGUAUUGCCCUGUCUUGGAACUCUGACAUAACGUCGAUUUACUGUCCAGAGCCAGUGAAGAAUGUGCCUGCUUUGUCAGGCUUCAUCCUCUGCCCUUUCAAAUGUGAUAUGAUUCAUGGGAGGACCCUCUCAGUUUUUUCUUUUUUGAAUACAGGCAGCUUGUGCUUAUGAAGCAAUGUCUGUUACUAUACUCAGCCAUGGUCUGAGUGGUCUUGAAAGCCACACAACUUUGUCUAAGUGUGUGAAGUCACAAGUGCAGGGAAGUGAGUGAGUCUUCGCUGUGUUUUUCUGGUUUGGUGCAGACAGACAAUGCAAUUGGAUUAAAAGGUCAGUGAGAAGAGGACCUGGAUACUUUAUGGGCAACACCCUGGCUUACUAUAAGUGUCUGUCUUGCACAAGAUAUGUAGCAUGCAGAAUAUUUAGUGCUGCAUCUGCUUAAUAAUCAUAAGACUAUUGCGGGCCUUUUGCUUGGAACAGUUUUCCUAGAAAAAGUUCCUUUUUUUGAAAUUUGCCUUUAAUCCUUUUUUCAAAGGAAAUGAUUUAGACGCCCAAAGACAUAUGAACUAGUUUUUGCACUUAUGUACCCAAUUUUGGGAUAUUUCAGAGCUCUUAAAUUCUUCUAGCCCUGGUAUAGGUACCUUUGCACUUCUAUAUUGGAGCAGAUGUUUCUCUUUCCACUAAACAUCUAUGAUGGAAUCAUAUGUCCUCUCGAAUGAUUGGAUACAAGAAAAAUGAACUUUUAUCGGCACAUAGCGGUGUUAGGUUCAUGCUGAAAAUUGACUCCAUGCUGUUACUCAGUAAGGAUGAAGAAAAGAUUCUACUUUGUUCAGAAAUGCUUUUCUACUUACAAAAAUUCACCACAGGCAUCAGCUUACUUCAUCUCUGUGAACUUUCUCAGAACCAGCUGGGUUUUUAGAGAACAUGAAUGAGCCUCUUCGUUUACUACAAACCAUUAUGUUGUUUGUUUGGAAUCACCAACCAAUACCAAAACUCUUCAGCACCUCCCAUUCCCUGCUCUUGUAAGCCAGAAACUUUUGUGACGUGUGUCUUUUGAAUUUGAAGAGGGUAGAUGGGAAGAAAAUGAUGCUGCAGGCCUUAAAUUAUACUGAAACUGAAGAUAAGUAAUGACUGUGCCUUGGGGCCACUGACUUGCUUGCUGUUGCCCAAUCACCAUUGUGUUUUGUAAAUGUAGUCAAGUUUUGGCUUGCCAAUAAUCCUGGUGGUGAGCCAUCACCUUGGAGGGAAAACUAGGAGCCAUAUGCACCCAGAUUGACUGUGAUAUCUCUUAACUGUCCUUUUUUAAAUGCUUUCUUGCACCCUAACUUUCAGGAGCUCGUCAUUAUUUUUCUUAUUUUUAAAAAAUCAGACCAGCUUUGAAUAUAGCCAGCUCCAUUUUCAUACAUUUCAAAUCUCAUCUAAUUGUUGCAAAUUCCAGGUUUUGCCUCUCUGUUAUGUGCCCCCAAAACAGUAUCCCACUUGCUUACAGUACUGUCUCCUGCCUUGUUAAGAUGUUUUCUUUGUCACCCAUCUCUUCUCCCUAACCUGGAGAUUGGUCAUGACUACUUUUUGUGAAUUUGAGCCUGUUGGACAUUGAUGAGCCUGUUCCAGGCUGUUUCUCCUUAGAGCGAAGAUAGUUUGCCACACACAUGACUCUUUGUAUAUCAUAAAAGGAUACGGUAAAAAUUCAUUUUCAUAAAAGUUUCUUUUUAUCUCUGCUUUUGGAAGAUGGAUCAAAUAUAAAGGAAUGACAAAUGCGGUUGGUUAAAACUGCUCUUUCAUUAACUGUGCUAUGAAAACCAGUUGUAUGCUUUGAUUUUCCAGAGGCAUGGUGUUCUUUCCACAUGGCCACUUGGUUGAGGCCCACUUCAGUUUUAAAAAAAGGAACACGUGAGAAGUUGGGAGUGCUCUUGGGCUUAUUGCCCAGUUUUAUUCAAACUGUUUUAUACAUUGAACUCUUGCUUGGUGCUUGUUCUGAGGCUGCAGUCUGAGUACCAAAUUACAGAACUGGAUUGAGGGGAGGGGUUGUAUAUUUAUUAUCUGGAUAUAAUCAGUUAAAUGUCUACCAAAUAAGGUAAAGGUGGAAGGAAAAUAAGACAUGUGCAUAAAUUUUAACAUGGCUUGGAUUUUUCAAAGAGGCACCUGGAUACAUACAAACUACCAGAAAAAGUUACAGGACCUGCCUCACUUUCUCACUCAAUAUGGCCUGGUAGCAUGGAGGACUGCAUAAGCAUAUCCUUUAAUUUUUUUGGCUUUAAGGUCAAGAUAUUAAUUGAGGUCAAUUCUAAUCUGAAUUGUUCAGAAAUUGCCAGUGAGACACUCCCACCCCACCCCCUGGAAAUCUCAGUAAAGCCAAUCAGUUGUACUUAAUAAUAGUCUCCUACACGAAAAGUAAGAAGCAUUCCAAUUUCUCCUUACUGAGAGACAAGGUCACAAUCUAGAGCAAGGCUUUUUAAACCUUUCCACUCGGGACUUCUCUUGGCCCAAGAAAUUUUUCCAAGACCCCAGAUAUAUAGGUAUAUAAAACAAGUAUGAAAUCAAACAUUAACUGAUAACAAUAUGCAAGGCUUACAAGGCUGAUUUUCCUUUUUUAUGAAGUAUAGCUGAAGCAUCUUCUGCAGAGUCCAUUGUCAACACUGCAUAACUGAAUCAUGAAAAUAUCUAAAGGUUAUGCUAUUAGGUUAUGUUCAUUAAAAAAAUUGGGACCCUAAUAUUGAACUAGGGAGCCCCCGGUGGCACAGUGGGUUAAACCGCUGAGCUGCUGAGCUUGUUGACCGAAAGGUCAUAGGUCCGAAUCUGGGGAGCGGAGUGAGCUUUGUUGGGAAUCAGGAGCUGUUAGGCUCAAAAAUAACUGGAGGUGAUUCCACCAAAAAUAUAGAAGAGUGCAGGAUGCACAGUUCAUAAGCAGCAGAAACUUAGUGAGCAAGGAUUGACUUCCAUUCAACAGGAUGGAACAGGAUUGCAGAUCCACAACUCAUAGGAUCAAAAAUAAUAUGUUUAUUAAAGAUAAAAGAAAUCCAUUCUAGAUAGGAAAAGUUCUUGGAGCUGUCUAGCUUCACUGAGCUAUCUUCUAA